AUGACUCGUAAUAUCCGAUUGUCGUCAUCUCCUGGGGCCGUGGCAUCCAAGGGGUUUGACAGUCCAUUAGUUGAGAAACCUGAUACUGCGUUGGGUGUUGGAAUUAUUCACUUGUACCGUAUACCAUUUCUUCAAGAAAGUGAAACCAUGGAGCUGCUCAGGAAAGUGAAGGCAAAGGUUUCUGCUAAUAUUGUUGAUAUACUGACUGAGCAGUGCUUCAACAUUCAAUUGGACGAUCCACUCACUCCUGAGAAGCUUUCAACACUUCAUUGGCUCUUAGCAGAAACUUAUGAACCUGAGAAGUUGCAAACUAGGAGCUUUCUGGAGGAUGAAGUAUCUAGAAAUUCUUGUACUGUCAUUGUUGAGGUUGGUCCCCGGAUGACAUUUUCAACAGCAUUCUCGACCAAUGCUGUCUCAAUUUGUAAAUCUCUCUCAUUAGUAGAAGUGACACGACUAGAGAGAUCAAGAAGAUACCUUUUGCGCCUUGAGCCUGGUAGUGAUCCACUUGAUGAAAGUCAGCUCAAAGAAUUCGCUGCAUUGGUUCAUGAUAGAAUGACAGAGUGCAUUUAUCCCAACAAGCUCACAUCAUUUCAAUCAGACGUAGUUCCUGAACCUGUCCGUGUUGUUCCAGUCAUUGAAAGGGGAGAAGAAGCAUUGGAAGAAAUAAAUGUGAAGAUGGGACUUGCUUUUGACAAACAAGAUAUUGACUACUAUACACACCUCUUCAGAGAUGAUAUUAAACGCAAUCCAACUACCGUGGAACUUUUUGAUAUUGCACAAUCCAAUAGCGAACAUAGCAGACAUUGGUUUUUUAAUGGAAAGCUUGUAAUAGACGGAGAGACCAUGCCAACCACUUUGUUCCAGUUAGUGAAGAGUCCCCUGAAAGCCAACCACAAUAACUCUGUCAUCGGAUUCAAGGAUAACUCGAGUGCAAUAAAAGGAUUCCCAGUAAAUCAGCUGCGCCCAACAAUUCCGGGUUUCACUUCACCAUUAUCCAUUAUCAUGCGUGAGCUAGAUAUUUUAUUCACAGCAGAAACCCAUAACUUUCCAUGCGCUGUUGCACCAUACCCUGGAGCUGAGACGGGUGCAGGUGGCCGUAUAAGGGACACACAUGCCACUGGGAAGGGUUCUUUUGUUGUUGCUUCCACUGCUGGUUACUGUGUUGGUAAUCUUCGAAUUGACAAUUCAAAUGCACCCUGGGAGGACCCUUCAUUUUCUUACCCAGUGAAUCUGGCCUCUCCAUUGCAAAUUCUUGUUGAUGCUAGUGAUGGUGCAUCUGACUAUGGGAACAAGUUCGGUGAGCCUCUAAUUCAGGGAUAUACCAGAACAUUUGGGAUGAGGUUGCUAAAUGGGGAGCGGCGUGAAUGGUUGAAGCCUAUAAUGUUCAGUGGAGCUAUAGGGCAAAUUGAUCAUGCACACAUAUCAAAGGGUGACCCAGAAAUUGGCAUGCUAGUUGUGAAGAUUGGUGGUCCAGCGUACAGAAUUGGUAUGGGCGGUGGUGCUGCCUCGAGUAUGGUUAGUGGCCAGAACGAUGCAGAGCUUGAUUUCAACGCAGUACAGCGUGGAGAUGCCGAGAUGGCACAGAAAUUGUAUCGUGUAGUCAGGGCAUGUGCAGAAAUGGGACCGAGCAAUCCUAUCAUCAGCAUUCAUGAUCAGGGUGCAGGAGGAAAUUGUAAUGUUGUGAAGGAAAUAAUAUAUCCCAAGGGAGCUGAAAUUGAUAUCCGUUCAAUUGUUGUUGGUGAUCAUACAUUGUCGGUCUUGGAGAUAUGGGGUGCUGAGUACCAGGAACAGGAUGCACUACUUGUGAAACCUGAGAGCAGAAGCCUGUUAGAAUCGCUUUGUGAGAGGGAAAGAGUUUCAAUGGCUGUCAUUGGGAAAAUUGAUGGCUGUGGAAAAAUUGUGUUGAUUGAUAGCGCUGCUGUGGAGCAUUCCAAGCUGAAUGGCCUCCCUCCUCCAACCCCUGUUGAAGAACUUGAGCUUGAAAAGGUUUUAGGAGAUAUGCCUCAGAAGACCUUCGAGUUCAGGCGUGUUUCUCAAGUCACAGAGCCUUUAGACAUUGCACCUGGGGUGACACUACUAGAUGCUCUGAAGCGAGUAUUAAGGCUCCCAUCCGUGUGUUCAAAACGUUUCUUGACCACUAAGGUUGAUAGGUGUGUGACAGGUCUUGUUGCACAACAGCAGACAGUUGGGCCUCUCCAACUCCCGCUUGCUGAUGUGGCUGUGAUUGCACAGACGUACACAGACCUAACAGGUGGUGCUUGCAGCAUUGGAGAACAACCAAUAAAGGGUUUGCUUAAUCCUAAGGCCAUGGCCAGACUUGCUGUUGGGGAGGCCUUGACUAAUCUUGUUUGGGCUAAGGUUACAUCACUUGCUGAUGUCAAAGCAAGCGGGAAUUGGAUGUACGCUGCAAAGCUUGAUGGCGAAGGUGCAGAUAUGUAUGAUGCAGCUGUUGCAUUGGCUGACUGCAUGAUUGAACUUGGUAUUGCAAUAGAUGGGGGAAAGGACAGUCUUUCCAUGGCAGCUCAGUGUGAUGGUGAAGUCGUCAAGGCUCCUGGAAAUCUGGUCAUCAGUACUUACGUGACAUGUCCUGAUAUAACAUUGACAGUAACCCCUGAUUUGAAGCUCGGCAAGGAUGGAAUUCUUCUGCAUAUUGAUCUUGCUAAAGGAAAUUGCCGUCUCGGUGGUUCUGCUCUUGCACAAGCAUUUGAUCAAAUUGGAAAUGACUGCCCGGACAUUGAUGAUGUUCUGUACUUGAAGAAGGUAUUUGAGGCCAUUCAGGAAUUGCUCAGUGAACAUCUUAUUUCAGCAGGCCAUGACAUAAGCGAUGGUGGCCUUAUUGUGAGUGUUCUUGAGAUGGCAUUUGCUGGUAACUGUGGUUUUAAGCUCGACAUAGACUUAGAAGAUAGGAGCCUUAUUGAAGGACUUUUUGCAGAGGAGCUUGGCCUCAUUAUUGAAGUACACUCGAAAUAUCUCAACAUCGUGAAGCAAAAGCUUGAAAUAGCAGGCAUUUCUGCUAAUGUUAUUGGAGAAGUUACUAGCUUACCAGAAAUAGAAGUUUUUGUUGAUGGCAAUCUGCAUCUCAAGGAAAAAACUUCGGAUCUCAGGGAUCUGUGGGAGGAAACGAGCUUCCAGCUUGAGGAGUUACAACGUCUGAAAUCUUGUGUCAAACUUGAGAAAGAAGGACUAAAAUGCAGGACAUCACCAUCAUGGUCUCUGUCUUUUACCCCCAAAUUCACAGAUGGGAAACUGUUGACUGCUUCCUCGAAACCAAAGGUUGCCAUCAUUCGUGAAGAAGGGAGCAAUGGGGACAGGGAAAUGGCUGCUGCAUUCCACGCUGCUGGAUUUGAACCAUGGGAUAUUACAAUGUCAGACCUCUUGGCUGGGAAGUCUUCUCUCAAUGAGUUCCGAGGGAUUGCGUUUGUUGGUGGUUUCAGCUAUGCAGAUGUGCUGGAUUCAGCGAAAGGCUGGGCUGCAUCAAUCAGGUUUAACCAACCCCUCAUUCAGCAAUUCCAGGACUUCUACCACAGGCCAGACACGUUUAGCCUUGGAGUAUGCAAUGGUUGUCAGCUUAUGGCUCUUCUUGGCUGGGUGCCAGGGUCAGGUGUUGGAGGUUCUCUUGGUACAGGUGGUGAUUUGUCCCAGCCGAGGUUUAUUCACAAUGAAUCUGGUCGUUUUGAGUGCCGGUUUACCAGUGUGUCCAUUGGCGAUUCUCCUGCUAUUAUGUUCAAAGGGAUGGAAGGUUCCACCUUGGGUGUUUGGAGUGCUCAUGGCGAGGGAAGAGCUUUCUUCCCAGAUGAAAAUGUUCUAGCUACUGUUGUGAAGUCUAAUCUGGUUCCUGUGCGGUAUUGUGAUGAUUAUAACAAUAUUACUGAGACUUAUCCCUUCAAUCCUAAUGGUUCUCCACUAGGUAUAGCAGCCCUUUGCUCACCUGAUGGGAGGCACCUGGCUAUGAUGCCGCAUCCAGAGCGUUGCUUCAUGAUGUGGCAAUAUCCAUGGUAUCCUAAGGAAUGGCAGGUUGAGAAGAGUGGCCCCAGCCCUUGGCUGCGAAUGUUCCAGAAUGCUAGAGAAUGGUGCUCAUAG